GGUAGCAGCCUCUAAGGUAAAAGGCAGGGAAUGAAAGUCUCCAUAUCAAACGCGGAAAGGAAACUGUACAUUUUAUAUUCAACAAGGAAUAGCAUCUAACACAGUCGCGGGAACAUACCUAAAAGACACACUCUUUCAUCAUGCCAAAAAAGAAAGACAUUGUUAAAGGUGGUACUACUCCUGUAGCUCGAAUCCGAGAAAACUCAAGACUGAUGCAAACACAUGAAUCUAUGGUAGAUUUCAUCAAUGGACGCCAUUCCGGAACCUCUAUUUUUGAUGUCUUCGCCUCUGGCUUAUUAGGUUUCGAUUUUUUAAGGACGUUUGAGGGAGAGCUGGACGAUGACAUCAUAUAUAGUGACGAUGAUGAAGAUGAUGAUCAUUUUUAUACACCCACCAGUGCUCACAGGUCUUUAGAACCACAUCCACGAAUUAAGCAACUCACUGAAGAGGAGGCAGAUAGACACGCAAGGGAAUUGAUAGAAGAAGAGGAAAGGCGUAAGGACAAAACCGAGAAGAACAAGCGUAAGAAAUUGCGUAAAAAACAAAAGAAACGGUUAGAAAAGGAAAGUGCAGUUAAAGACAAUUUACCUGAGGAAGAACAAGAGGGGUCUGACUCCUCAGAAAAUCCGAAAGACAAUCCUGUUUUUGAAAAUAAUGCAGAAGCAAGUGUAUCUCCUGAACCUGAUGCAACACACAAUGGAUCUGUGGCGGCUGGAUAUGAAGAGAACAGUUGUAAUAAUCAAGAGGACAAUCUUUCGGAGAUGAUUACAAAAGAAGAUGAGGAGCAAAUGGAUUUGCAGGAUUUGAAUAUAAAUAAUUCCCACGCUUCUACGUCAAAAUCGGUGCCCGAGGUAUUGUGUAAUGAGAGGACGGCCAGAGAGAGAAAAAACACAAACACUAAAUUACCACAAGUCCAGCCGUCCAAGGAGGAAAAACCCAAAAUUGUGGAGCAACCUGAAGUUCAUGAAAAGAAGGAGGAGAAAUAUGAACCCCAUAAAGAGAAACCAAUGGAUCCUUAUGCAGAAGAGUUAGCAAAAAGCAGCAGAGAGCUUGCUGGUAUGGGAAAUCGUUUGGCUGCCUCCGGUCAGUACGACAUGGCCGUGAAAUGCUUUACAGACGCCAUUAAAUACAACCCAAAGGAAUUUAAGUUAUUUGGAAAUCGGUCCCUGUGUUAUGAGAGAAUGCAGCAGUAUGAAAAGGCUCUCCAGGAUGCUGAACUAGCUCUCUCGAUGGAGCCAAACUGGAUAAAAGGUUUAUUUAGGAAAGGGAAAGCUCUCUGUGGGCUCAAGAGAUACUACGAGGCCUCACUGAUCUAUAAGGAGGUGUUGAAUCUGGAAAGUUCGAGCGCUGAAGCGACGCAGGAGCUGAAACGAGCACAGACACUGCACCUGAUGGAGAUGGGAUUCAGCUGGGCUCAUAGCUCCGAGGCCCUGAAGACACACGCCACGUUAGAGGAAGCUGUUGAAGCUCUGUUCGGGGGGGAAGACGGUAAACACUGUCCUGGAGGUAAACGUCAGGAAAUGUUUCUCACAGCUGGAGAACAACUGUCACUACAUUGUUCUGAUCUCGGGGCCAGUCGGGAGGACUUAGAGCCUCCUGUGCUGCAGGAGGAAGACGACGAUGAGGGCGAGUGGACCGUCCUCCAUUCAACCCGCCCCAGAAUGCAACAGGUCAAGGAGUCGGAUGCUUUUGGCAACAGCAGAUCAAAAUCUCAGUCCCCUACGCCUCAUUCAAGGAAUGCUGUGAAAUCAGAUCUAAUGUCCGUCUGGGUGGGAUCCUUAGCUCCGGCUGUCACCUACUCCACCCUGCACGAGCUCUUCAGCAGAGCGGGGACGGUGUACAGCAUCAAGAUGCUUCUGGAGCAGCAGUGUGCCUUUGUGAACUACGCCAAAAAGGAAGACUGUGACCGAGCGAUCGACUGCAUCAAUGGCCUGGUGGUAGAGGGCGCUCCACUCUCAGUGAGAUAUCCCAAUAGAUUGACUGGACUCGGUGUUCCCAGAUCAGCUGACCCCUACGCACGUCCUGGCCCGUACAAGAAGGAGUGUUUUUUCUGGAGGACCUCGGGCUGCACGAGGCAGGACUGCACCUUCAGACAUCUCCCCGAGAACAAGAACAUCGACAAGGACAAAUUCACCAGCAGACUGGGUAACUUUAACAUGUAGGACAUCCCAACAUGACAAGCAUGCAUUGAUUCCUUUGACCUUGGACACAAUGGUGGUGCCGAACUUGGGUAGACUUUAGUCGCCUCUGGAUCCUCUUGGUUUAGGCCCACCAUUGUUGUACAAACACAAAGGACACCAAGCUAAAAUAUACUACUGCAUCAUAGUAAUAACUAAAUGUACAUCUAGCUUUGGGCAUUCCUUUGCAAUAGGAUUUUUCUUCAGGGAUUAUUUGUGAUGAAUCUGUUUACACAUUGUGUUAGGAGACUUUUUAAAUUGCUGCUUUGCUUCGUUUUAAAAUGAACAGAUUGCCCUGUUGUUUCUCCAGUGGCCACUAGGUGGCACUGUUACCUUUUAUCCCUCAGCUUUGAGGCUACUACCUGUUCUGCUGUAGUGUUACAGGCUUUGGGUGAAGAGUAGUUAAGCUGUCAGCACAUUUAAUGCGCCAUGUUUGAGUUUUAAGCUGCUCUGUGUGUUUAUUUAAUGUGUUUGCUGGUUAUUAUGUCAUUAAUGUUUAUGUUUUUUUAUGCCAUGUCUGUUGGAAAAGUAUGGUGAUGUUUGGAUACAAACACACUUGGGUGCCUUUUUAGUAGCACUUUGGCUGCAGUCUUUAAUUGGAAAAGCAGAAGGAAUUAAAGCCUCAACCUUAUCAAAAUGUCUUGUCAUACAAUAACAUUACUUAAUACCAAGAAUAAUAUAGUCCUUAUGUAAACUGCAUAUGGAUCAUUUCUGAGGAUUAUUCCGGCCUCGGCAUGUAACUCAUAGUGGGAUAUCACUGAGUUGAGAGGAAGUUUUUCUCCGUCCCUCCACUAAAACAUCAGAUUAAUCCCUUCAGCAGCUGUGGAUCCUCUUGCAGUGUCCUUGACAGAGAAGCUUGUCUCAAGUCAGCCUGAGUAAAGUGCCAGUUAAACGCUUUGAAAAGUAACUAUUGUCCCUGAUAUUUUAUCUGCUGCGAGGUUAUCCUAAGCCUAAAAUGCCUCCCCUGACUGUGUGUCCUCUCCGAUAAUGUGGGAGGGAUUUGUGUGGAUCUCUCUCCCGUAAUGCCCGGCAGGUUUUUGUUAUUUGCCUCGAACAGUUCAAGGUCAUUUUUGUGACUAUGCAAUGUUUGGGGUGUGAGUUACAAAGUGCCCCCAAAGAGCUGAACCUAAAAAAAACGGUUGUAGAAAAAGAAGUUGAGAAGUGCUCAGAGCUGACCUUAGUGCUGUACUCCUGGGCAUUAAUUGGCUGAUGGUGGCAUACCUCACAAAGCCUCUCUGAUCUGUGUGAGAUUGAAAGCAUGAAAGGCCUGUAAUACUAAUAACAUGAACUCUGGUUGAACCCAUAGAAAAGCCCUGGGACAUAAAAAUGGGUCUAUAUUUAAUGUUAUUGGUCCGCUUAGCUUUGCCCUUACUAGAAAACCUGUUUUAAUGCAGAUCAAACUGAUAAGAGGUUAGCGUUCAUCAACAUCCCACAACUCCCGAGGCCCUGCACAACGCUGAUCCCUUACUUAACUAAAGCAAACAUCGGGAAGAUUAAGUGCAUCUUGUUAAAAGGCUGCCUGGUUUGUAGAGCUUUCAACAGAUUCCUCCCCCCCCCCCCCCCCCCACCAGCAGCAGGAAACAGAACCAGCAGACAUGACAUGUUGCUCUCCCACUCCUCCUUGCUUUCUGAUAUAUGGCUCUGCAGCAAAAAGAAAUCCUCCUCUCCCUCUGCAGAGAGGUUUUGAGUUGGAGUGCAUUGCUUAUAGCGCAAGGAUUCAUAAUCCCAUUUUUAUUCUAAUAUCUCCACUAGUAAAUACACUAUUAAUGUGACAUGAGGGAGAAGCUGACUCACGCUGUAUAGCAAGCGUCUGAUUUGUCUCUCAGGAAGCCAAAGUAAAUGCCCCGCUGCAGCUCACUUUAUAACCCUCCCUGCAUGCUGUUCGCUUGUACUCUUUUUGGAGGAAUGGCACUUCAAACAAACCAGUGUGUAUUUUAGAGCGACCGAGUUCCACUCCUUAUUUGUGGUUUAUUUACAACAAACUCUUACAGGAACAUUUACUCAGCCUGAAAACAUAUUUACUCAUUCAGCUCGUUUCGAGAGAUGUGGUACCAACAGGUUUUGGUUUAUUUAGAGACAUCCCUGCCUGAUGUUUUGUCUGUGCUCUGGUUUAAUGUGUGCAAUAAUCAAGAUUCAGCAAUAUUUCAACAAAAGUCUGAUUUAAAGAUAUAACCCUAAAGCUGUUAACAAAUGUGUUCACAAUAAGAUGUUCUGUUUUCAUUGUUCAAAUCUAAAGGAAAUGUUAUUUUUCUCUGAACUUUAACUUAAGUGUUUCUAUUUGAUUAUUUAUUAAAGAGUAAGUACAGAGAAAUGUCAAGACCUACUUGUUGAGUAAAGGUAAACUAGGAGUGCCAAAACCCCAAAAAUGUUGGGGUCAUAAAGUCCUUAUACAUAACGCAGAGAUGUGUUGCAUUUUCCUAAGUUAUAAAUCAUUUACAAACUAAAGAUUUUGUGUUGUUUGCACUGGAAAUUCUGUCCUAAUAAAAAUAUCAAGAUGGCCAAUA